UUUAACUUCUGCUAUUCAAACGCUGAAAUUAACUGAAUAUGUCUACAUGCAAAGCGAUUGGAAUCGACUUGGGUACUACGUACUCAUGUGUCGGUAUUUAUCAAAAUGGAAAGGUUGAAAUCCUCGCGAACUCCGAAGGGAACAAGACUACGCCUUCCUACGUGGCUUUUACAGAUACAGAGAGACUCGUUGGUGAUGCAGCAAAAGAUCAAGCCGCUCGUAAUCCGGAGAAUACAGUUUUCGAUGCAAAACGUCUAAUUGGAAGACGAUUCGAUGAAGAAACUGUUCAAUCUGAUAUUAAACAUUGGCCAUUCACAGUUAAAGGAAAACAAGGAAAGCCCGUUGUUGAGGUUGAAGUGAAAGGAGAAAAACGAGAAUUCAAUGCUGAAGAAAUAUCUGCAAUGGUACUUCAGAAGAUGAAAGAAACGGCUGAAGCUGUACUUGGGCAUUCUGUACGGGAUGCUGUCAUUACUGUGCCUGCAUAUUUUAAUGAUAGCCAGAGGCAGGCGACCAAAGAUGCAGCUACUAUUGCUGGACUCAAUGCAAUUCGUAUUAUCAAUGAACCAACGGCGGCAGCUUUGGCCUAUGGACUCGAUAAAGGAAUUACUGAUGAGAAGAAUAUUUUGAUUUUCGAUUUGGGAGGAGGUACAUUUGAUGUCUCGAUCCUUUCGAUUGCGGAAGGAUCUAUUUUCGAAGUCAAGUCAACUGCAGGAGAUACUCAUCUUGGAGGAGAAGACUUUGAUUCUCGAGUUCUACAACAUUUUAUGACCGAAUUCAAAAGAAAAACUGGAAAAGAUAUUUCAUCAAAUCCCCGCGCAAUUCGUCGUCUCCGAACGGCAUGUGAACGUGCUAAGCGUACUCUUUCCAGUUCCACUGAAGCAACUGUAGAGGUCGAUUCGUUAUUUGAUGGAACUGAUUUCUAUUCGAAAAUCACACGUGCAAGAUUCGAAGAGCUCUGUGCUGAUCUUUUCCGCAAGACUUUGGAGCCGGUUGAAAAGGCACUUCGUGAUGCAAAAACUGAUAAAGGCAGAAUCGAUGAAGUUGUCUUGGUUGGGGGAUCAACUCGUAUACCGAAGAUUCAGAAACUACUGAAGGAGUUUUUCAAUGGGAAGGACCUCAACUGCUCCAUUAAUCCAGACGAAGCAGUAGCCUUUGGUGCAGCCGUUCAAGCAGCUGUACUUUCUGGAGUAAAAGAUGAUACUAUCAAGGAUGUUUUACUCGUUGAUGUUGUCCCACUAAGUCAUGGAAUUGAAACAGCUGGAGGAGUAAUGACCAAUUUGAUUGAUAGAAACACUAGAAUUCCUGCCAAAGCUUCCAAAACAUUUACAACGUAUGCAGACAAUCAGCCUGGUGUCUCUAUUCAAGUAUACGAAGGAGAACGUGCUAUGACUCGAGAUAAUCAUCGUCUUGGAACAUUUGAAUUAACUGGAAUCCCACCAGCUCCACGAGGAGUUCCACAAGUCGAUGUAACGUUUGAUAUUGAUGCAAAUGGAAUUCUCAAUGUAUCAGCUGCCGAUAAAUCAACUGGUAGAUCAAACAGAAUUACAAUUCGCAAUGAGAAGGGACGACUCUCUCAAGCUGAUAUUGAUAGAAUGGUCAAUGAAGCAAAACAGUUUGAAAGAGAAGACGCAGCACAACGAGAUCGAAUUAGCUCGCGUAAUCAAUUAGAAGCGUAUGCAUUCCAAGUUAAGCAGGCUCUCGAAGAACAUGGAUCACUGUUAUCAGCAGAAGAUGCAAAACGUGCAAAAGAUGCAGUUGAAGAUACCCUUCGUUGGAUGGAACGUAAUACAUUAGCGGAUAAAGAUGAAAUUGAAGCAAAGGACAAAGAGUUAAAGUCUAUUUGUCAAGAUAUUUUAACAAAAAUGCAUCAACAAGAAGCCCAAUCAGGUUCCGGAUGCGGCAACCCAGGAUCUGGUGGAUUCCAUUCCAGCAAUUAUCCACAAGGACCUACUGUAGAGGAAGUUGAUUAAUUUAUCUACACUGAAUUUUCAUAAGACUUUGUAUUUAUUUUAAAGAUAUCUGUGUAAUAUUUUGUAAAUAAACAUUGGAAAAAAUAC